GAUAGCAUUGUGAUAAUAAAACCUAGCCCAGAUAGGAGUUGAUUCGUACAGUGAGACGACCGCCUUGGUUUGUUCUGAUUCCUGUUUCACAUGAACCUUCUGAUUGCUUCUAUGAGAUAGACUAGAAAAACUAUACCAGAAGAAAAUCAGAAAGCACCAGACAACGAUUAUAGGAGUUUGUUUUUGAGUCGCUUUUUAGUGGAAGAGGUUGAAUUUCAGUGAACGCUAUAUUUUGUUUAUAGUGGUUGUUUCUUUUAUUCAAUGGAUGGAUCUACGGUGUUCUAACAAGUUAGCCGUCCCGGUGGGACUGUCCCCCACACAGUCCGUGAAGUCCGUCACUGCGGCAGCGGCUGCGGCAGCCACGGCGGCGGCGUUUAAUUUCGCCAAUGGUUUCCCUGCAUCUGCUUUCCAGACGAGCGCCAUGUUCGGACUCUACGGGCUAGAGGGGCCCAUCCCGGCCAUGUUGCCUCUGCCGACUCUGCAUUUCACUCCGCACCAAGUGGCCAAGGUGUGUGAGACUCUGGAGGAAUCGGGCGACAUUGAGCGUCUCGGCCGCUUCUUGUGGUCGCUCCCUGUCAACCCGAGCGCCUGCGAGGCAUUGAACAAGCACGAAUCCGUCAUCAGGGCCAGGGCGCUGGUCUCCUUCCACACGGGGAACUUCAGGGAUCUUUACCACAUCCUGGAGCACCACAAGUUCACCAAGGAAUCCCACGCCAAGCUGCAGGCCAUGUGGCUAGAGGCGCACUACCAGGAAGCCGAAAAACUCCGCGGAAGGCCCCUGGGGCCCGUGGACAAGUACCGCGUGAGAAAGAAGUACCCGCUUCCCAGGACGAUCUGGGACGGGGAACAGAAGACCCACUGCUUUAAGGAACGGACACGGAACCUUCUGCGGGAGUGGUACCUUCAGGAUCCUUACCCGAACCCCACAAAAAAACGGGAGCUGGCCCAGGCGACGGGCCUGACUCCAACACAAGUUGGAAACUGGUUUAAAAACCGACGCCAGAGGGACAGAGCUGCCGCCACUAAGAACCGACUUCAGCAGCAGCACCAAGGUCACAAGAUGACGUCAUCGUCCCGGGAGGACACCGUGUCCCCUUCCAGCAGCAACACGGACCGUCGGGAACACGACAAUGACCUUGAUGAUGACGACUGCAUCAGCGACCUGGACAGCGAGAUCAGCGACCCGUCGCACCUGGAGGACAUUGACCCUGUGUCCGAGUCCCGGGGCUCAACCCCGCAGCCCAACCCGCUCAUAGUGAACAACCCUUUCUUGCCCCCGCACCUCCAACAGCCCGCCUGGAGCUCGUCCACCUUCGACAUUUUGCGGCCCCCGCCCCCGCAGCUGACUUCGGUUCUUUCCGGAAAGUCCACGAUGAUCACUUCGUCAGGGCCGGACUCGCCACAUCACUCUUCAGAGCGGCAACCUUCACCUUCGACCCCUCCGUUAACUCGACCUUUGUUUAAGCCUCACGAGCUAGCCUCCUCUCCUGACCGCAACAGCAGCGCCUCCACUCGCGAGCACCAGCAACGCCCUGAUCACCACCAGGCACGCCACGACCGCUCCCCGAAAGAGGAGCGCAGCCCUGCGGCUGCCGAGUUCAUCAAAAGAUCGCUUCCGCCUCACCCGGCGUUCCCAGCCCAUCACGAAAUGCUGAGCCACUUCGCAGCGGUGCGUGCUGAUUUCUUGCACCGGGAGGCCCUCAUCAGAGACUAUAGUUCCCGAGAAAGGGGCCUGCCAAUGGAUUUCCACCAGCACGAUCUGAGGGUGGACUUCAGCAAAGCCCACGAGCUGGCCCGCCAGGAGUUCAGCAAACAACACGAACACUUCUCGGCGGAAGCCCUCACCAACUUGGCUCGUCAGAGCAGUGUAUUGGGUUCAGCGUCGUGAGGGUCGAUACUCGACAGUUGUAACAAUGUAAUCGUUUAAACCCAUUUGUUUGUGCAUUGUGAUCAUUUAGGAUUCGGACCAUGAACAAGCUAAUCUAUAAGGUAUCGAUCUUUUGUGUCAACCAAGCUGUUCGGUUACGACUAAAUACACGCAGCCUUCUGCGUUCAGAGUUCAGGAGUUCACCGGAUGUGACGCUAAGCCAAGCUAUUAGCCAAUCAAAAGACUACGACAGGAGAAAAUAAUCGAUACCACAUAUUUUCUUUAAAAGACCGUACUCAACUAUUUGCUCUGAGAUUUGUAAGCGAGCUGUACUAAGUAAAAAACAAAACGGCUUGACGUGUACAAUUAGUACUAAGGAAUGGGGCAUCCAUCCCAAAUGUCACCCCCCACCCCCACGUGCGUAAAGCCUGGGGUAAAAAUAUAUGUACACAGAAUGUCAACAGAGCACGGGAGGAACAGAUGUCAGCUAUGAAUGACAAAGUGACAUUUGGUGGGGACAAAAGUGAUUUAGAAUUUUGCUUGGCGUGUGCUCUAUUUACAGUAUGACGUUAUACGCUCAUUACUAUUGAGGCUCAACAUAUUGAUACUGUAUAGCAGCGGUUCUCAACCUUUUAAGCUCGGCGACCCCUUUUUACAACCCCCCACUUCCGCGACCCCCUCCCCCACACACACAUACAGCAAUAGAGGAAUAGACAAUAACAAUCCAUAUUUUCGAUGGUAUUAGGCGACCCCCUAGAAAAUCGUCGAUCGACCCCCAAGGGGGUCGCGAUCCACAGGUAGAGAACCCCUGCUGUAUAGAGAGUUUAUAUGUUUGAUUGAUUAUUGCUAAGAUACACGCUGUAAUUUCUAGGUAUAUAUAAAAUACAUUUAUAUAUACAUUUAAAGAAUACACUCAUGUUUCUACUAAGGUACUAAAUACCGCCGAGGUUCUAUCUCGGUUAUGCUCUGUGUAUUAUGGUAUUAUUGUCAUGACUCCCAGGAGUCUGGUAGACUCACAGUGUGAGAACCGCUGCGCCCACCUUUAGUACACGUGUAGUGGUCAAGAGAGGCAGGGGGGGGAAGAUUGUGGUUGGGGUGGUGGAAUCAGAUGGAACUCAUUGCUUCCGUGUCCAGCUGUCCGCUGUCUAGAGGGGACACUGACACUAUAGAUAUAGCACAAUGGAGACAGCAAUGUCAUGUCACUGACAAAGCACCACUGACAUAGCACCACUGACAUAGCACCACUGACAUAGCACCACUGACAUAGCACCACUGACUCAACAGAACUGAUAUAUCACUGACAUAUUCCCUCUGACAUAGUUCUCUGAUAUGGCCCCUCUGACAUAGCAUUACUGACAUAUCGUCACUGACAUAGCACCACUGACAUAGCACCACUGACAUUAUACCACUGACAUAACAACUGAAAAAAUACCACUGCCAUAACACAAGUGACAUGAUGCAUAUGAUACAAUUUCCACGAUACAUCCUGGCAUCAAACAAAACUAAAAUGAGUUAGAUACAGAUUUAAAUAGUACUAGAUCCUAGAAUUAAAUUUCUGUUUGCUCAUGUGAGCCCCCCAGAAAAAUAAAAUUAAUUUAAAAAAAACAACACAACAUUUCAACAAUACAAUAAAGAAAAGGACAUAAUAACAAGACUAUGUUUUCAAACGCUAACCUUUGAACUGUCGUUGUGAAGUGAGUAUCUUGACGUCAGAGCUAUGUCAUACCUACGUCAGAGCUAAACUGAUAUUCACUGAGCAUUCUCUUCGUUUGAAGAUUCCGGAUUUCUGGGAUUUCAUAUUUAUCGCUAUUUUUUUUUUAAAAAUAAGUAAUUGUAAAUAUUUAAACAUGUGGAUACAUUUUCUAACUACUGUAUCUGGUAUAUCAAUUUUGAUCUUUGAUUCUUUCAGUUGUCAUUUGUCACGAGAUUAGCAGACAAUAUUUCUUCACAUUUAUCUGUAUUUAAAUUUAUCAUUAAGCUUAUUAUCCUUUAUUUUUGACUUUUGACACUAUUUUGAUAGCUUUGUACUUUCAAACUAUCCGCCAUAGUUUUAUGAACGUAUUGUUUGCCUUGACGAUAUUUUUUUUUUAAAAGGGUCAUAUGUCAAGGACGUGGGACGUUGACACGAAGGUCAGGACAUAUGUGGGUCUAGCUUAUAAGGGUAAGUGACCAGGGCUGUGUCACGUGGGCAUGACGUUAGAACCCAUAAGGCGCAAUACAUGUGUGCGUGUGUGUGUGUUCAUGUGUGUGUGUGGGGGGGGGGGGAGGGUGAGUGUGCAGGUGUGUGCAAGUCACAUAGUCACCAUUUAGUUUCAACUUUGUAGAGAACAAAGAUUUUUUUUUUAAAAAUGUAUUUGGUCUUGGCCGUGUGGAAAUACGCCACUGUGUAGAUUGGAGAAACAUAGAACAAAUUGAGGAAAAGAGAUUGAAAAAGAGAUGAAGAGAGAGAAAGAGAGAGAGAAAGAGAGAGGGUAAGGUGAAAGGAAUGAUGGAAGAGAGGAUUUAGGUAUGGAAGCUGAUGGUAUAGUCAAUAGUCUAUCUUCCCGAAAACUUAUUU